AUGCCACCCUCACCACAAGCAGUGACAGACGGGUCCAAGACGUGGUCUCCCUCGCACUUGUUCUCGAGCGUGGUUGAGGGGAAUGAUGAGACAACUUCAACAGUGGCUCCCGCUCCAGCUCCCGAGAUCUGGGACAAGAUCCACGCGCACCUCCAGGCAAACGAGUUCCGCGCCGCCAUCGCCUCGGCCUUUGAGUUGCCCGCCGGCGACAACUUCACGUACCAUGCCACCGCGUCGGUGAAUCUCGCGCAGGCAGAGGCCGCGAUUCGCGCUGGACGGGUCAACGGCUUGCAUGGGUGGUAUGUCGAGCGUGUGUCGCCUCCACCUGCACCUCCGUCUGCGCCAGCAACUGGUGGUAGUGACGGUGUCGGCGAGAAUGAGCAUGAGCGUGGGGAUGAUGGUGAGAAUGAUGAUGACAAGAACAACGACGGCGACAAGAACAGCGACAGCAAAGACGAUAAUGACCCCUCCGAGCCCAGGACGAUCCCCGGACAACCGUCGCUGAGAAUCUCGGGAUACCCGCCCCCAGCAGACAUCCAGGCGUAUAUCUCGUUAUUCGACCCGACCCGAUCUGCCGCCAACAGUCUCAAGUCCCUGGCAGCCAACGCGAAAAAGGGAUCACUCCGCGCGACGGUGGCGGAAUAUCUCCUGAGCAAACGCCACCUGGACGCCUCGAUCAGCGUGCCUAAGUUCAAGCCUUCCCCAGUGGUGGCGGCAGCUCAGCAGGAUGGAUCGAACCAGCCACCACCAUCCAGCAAGUCCUCCAAGACGACAACGCGGCACGAGAACCCGGCGCUGGACUUCUGGGCCUACUCGUGCAUGGCGCUCGAGUACGCGGGCCCCAACGCCAACACGGCGCUGGUCAAGACGUCGCACCACAUCCUGCCCGUGUACAUGCACCACUUUGGUUGCGUGUGUCCGUCGUGGGAGGCUCUGCAGGUGAUUGCGAAACUUGCUUCUUCUAUCUCUCACUCUACCUCUACAGGUGCAGGUCCAACCGACUCCGCCAACUCCAAAAACCGCGGUCGUCGCACCCCCGCUGUGCUCGACAUGGGCAGCGGCAACGGGUACUGGACUCUGAUGCUGCGUCGGCUGGGCCUAGACCUGGACGUCGUCGCCGUCGACAGCGGCCAGUCGCGGUGGCGCGCCGUGUGGAUCCCCGACACCCACGUCGCCGACGGGGUGCAGUACCUGCGCAAGCGCGGCGGGUGUCCCUCGUCGCUUCUGCUGCUCGUCUACCCCAUUGUCGGGAGCGGUGGCGGUGGCAGUGGCACCGGCGAAUUCACCCGCAGAGUCCUCGACGCGUACACGGGCGACGUCGUCUGCGUGGCCGGCACGCAGAACGGGAACGGGUACACGGGCUUCAAGGACGUCAUGGUCGACGAGUACAUGGCCAGGGAGAGGCCCGGGUGGGAAAAGGUCGCGCAGGUGGCCCUGCCGAGCUUCGCCGGUAAAGAUGAUGCGUUGUUUGCGUUCCGGCGGAGGAAGAAGAUGGUCGACGAAGGAGCCGGUCAAUAA